CAUCAAAAGCAGGCAAAACGCGAUGAAAGCUAUUCUUCGUACGUAGCUUUAUCUUUUGCCAGAGCAGUGUUAAAAGUUUUUCCUUUUGGCCAUGAGUGAAGUUUCCUCCCCUCCCACAGAAUCCUCCAUGGAAGUUGAAGAUCAGGAAAAUAGAGAAGAACAAGAUGUGGAUCUUCAGGAAAGCCAUAGAUUAGUGUUUCCAGAAGAUGGUUAUGAAUGGAGGAAAUAUGGCCAAAAAUUCAUUAAAAACAUUGGAAAAUUCAGGAGCUAUUUCAAGUGCCAUAAGCAAAACUGCAAUGCUAGGAAGAGAGUUGAAUGGUCAAGAUCAAAUCCUGAUUAUCUUAGGGUAGUGUAUGAUGGGGUGCACACACAUGCAGCAGAUCAGUCUGGUUCCUCCCAGGGCACUUCAACUGCUAACCAGUACAACUUGUUGACACAAGUUUUUGGAGAUCAACCAACUUCACAAUAGCAUUAUUAAUAUAUAAUUUAAUUGCUGAUUACAUAUUAUUAUUCUUGCAGUGAGACACUUUUCUUAUCAAAAUUUAAGCCUGUAUAUAAUGUCUUUCUAUGUAAUUUGAUAGCUAAGCUCUUCCAAAUCCUGGUCAAAUGACGUGCGCCUGCAGAAAGGGAUAGACACGAGUAGGUGUUCAUUGGAUGGAUGUAUUUCACAACAAGCAAUUAUGAUGUGACACCACAGUCCUUUAUAUGUGAUUAAUAGAUUUUAUUUGGUUUAAAUCAUC